UUUAUCGGACCAAUAGGACGUGGCUGUUGGAGUAACCUCAUCAGUCCAUCACUACUCUGCCAUCAUUACGAGGCGGCUACUGUUGGAGUAGAUGUUGGAAGAAGAGGAAGCGUGUAAGAUAUCCAACAUUUGGACUUUGGACAUAAACGGAAACUCGACCUUUGCACUUUUUGCGCGCAUUCAAGCCUCGACUCCGGAUGUGUAAGCGGUGGAUCUGGCGAAAAGUGGACUUGGCUGCUCCAAACUUAUCAGACUUUUACAUUCAUUCUUCCUAAGCAGUUGUCGCGUCCUUAGAUGUGGCGACUUCUAUAUGACAUGAUAUGAAACCACCAAGGAGUAAACCGCUUUUUACGCAUUCCGAAACCCUUAUGAAGUCUGACAUCUGCAGGAAUCAUUCUUCGUGGAAAUGGCAAGUCGUGCCAUGUUGAUGGCGCGGACAGAGGUUCUAAUAUGUAGUGUGUUCAUCCUUAUGGUGGGUCUGUGUGUCGCUUCUAAUAACCACGGACGUCGGCUGGUUUGUUGGAAAGCCAUCCUGAAGUGCCAUGGAGAGCCGGAGUGCCAUUACGCGUACGAUCAGUACCUUUUUGCGUGCGCGUCUGUUCUCAGCGGGGAGCGUAAGAAGUGUCCCAGCCACUGCAUUUCAUCUCUCAUUCAGCUCAAUCUGACCCAAAGCGGUCCGGGUCUGGAGGACUGCGACUGCGCCAAGGACCCGGUCUGCAGGGGCACCAAACAAGCCAUAGAGCCGUGCCUGCCGCGGACCAGCACCAUGGGCUGCACCGAGGCCCGGCGGCAGUGCGAGAGGGACCAGCCCUGCAGCUCUGCCCUCAACGACUAUCUCAUCCACUGCAGGAAACUUUUCGGCGGGGAUAUGUGCUCCGAUGGGUGCCGCAGGGUCAUAGCCAACCUGCGCUCCAUACCCAAAGGACAACAGCUGGACACUUGUGUGUGCGAUGGCACGGAGAGGAACAUAUGCGAGUACAUUAAAGUCAGCAUGAAAACCUACUGCUCUGAUCCAGGCGACAGGUUCACAGGCAGCGGCUUUUCAGACUCUGAGGACACAGAGGAUACCGAUGAUGAGUAUAUGUACCAGGAUUACUAUCAGUAUGUGGAGAAUUCAAGCAACAUGCCACAUUUUCAGACUCUGCUCACUAUCCUGACCACCAUUUUAGUUCUAGUGAAUUGUAUUUGAGAAGUUAAUGGCCCUCACUGCAUAAACAAACUCCCAGAAUCACUUUGCUUUGUUCUAACCAGCUGCUUGUCAUAAGAAAUAACAACAUUAGCUAUUUAAUUAAACUUAACUGUUAUACAUCUGCACUAACACAGGGCUAUGUUUAUGUGAAUAUCAUUCAGAAGACACACAUCCAGGUGCUUAUAACAUGUUUGUAGCCUCUUACUUACACGUGUCUUUUACCUGGUAAUACUGAACUGAAACCUGUUUGUAUGUGUGUUAUAUAAGCGUAAAAUGUACAGUAUAUUUGUAUGAAAUUAUUUUUGUCAAAAAUGUUUAUCAGUAAUACAAGAUUUGCACUAGAAGGAUAGGCAAACCUCACUCCCUCACUGCAAUGCAGAGGGGAAAAAAUGUUGAAAAUGGUCUAAAAGUGCCUAAAAGUCUGGGUUGAUCCACCAGUGUGUGACCAUACCAGAGGCUGUGACAGCAGGGCAGUUUUCCUUUACCAGCUGCACAGAGACUCUCUCUACAAACCCUUCAUUACAAACCAAAGUUGAUGUAAACCAGCGAAUUAAAGUUGAUGUAAGUCGGUGAAUUGUGCCUAUAAGUCUCAGAGCAGAUAAUGUUUCUGAGAAGAGAAGCUCUUAGAGUCAUACUCAUGACCUUGUACACAUUGGUGUUUACAUAAAGUAUAAAAUGUUAAGUCUCGAAAAAUGUUCAUUCCGAAAUGAGAAAGGUAAAGUCUCCUCCUGGGGAUGUUUUUGGUCAGUUUAUUUCACCUCACCUCAUGUGAUUGUUUGGAAAAGACACACUGAGACCUACAGUCUGUGUUCAGGUGAGUGGAGCUGAUAAGUGCCCUUUAUGAACAUGCUCCUCUGAAUGUACAUGCACAACAAAUAAAAGUAUUAAAAAGGUA